AUGGGCUGCAACCAUUCUCAAGACAAAAUUCUCAUUCAAGACCUCAUAAAGAGCAAUCAAGAAUUAGUAAAGCGCGAGCUUCAGUUCAGAGAAACUAUAACUUCCAUAAUAGAACCAUGAAAGCAACAAGUUGAUAUUUCUUCAGUAGUCGAGCAAGAUGAGCUUGAAAACUCGUCAUCAACGCCUAAAAAAAUCCUUAAUAUACUUGCAGUAUCUGAUCCAAUUAACUCUUUUAGCACUGAAGAUAUAAAAACUGAUGCAAGUUUAGGUCAAAACUUAAGAUUCGAGAAAACAUUAAAAGUAUUUGAGAAAUUACUGAUUAGACAGUACCAAAAUGCUUUGGAAUUAUGAAAUGAUAAUAUCAAUUUGGACGUUUCCGAUUUAAGCUACUCUCAGAGCGGGAAUUUUUCAAUAGUUAAUGAAGAAGAUAGGAUAAGAGAAGAGCAGGAAAAUCAAGCAGCUAAAGAAAUCAUUGAUAAAUUCAAUGAAAAAUUUUUGCGAAACAGCUUCAUUAUGGAUGAAUUUGCAAGUCAUACAAUUUCCAAUGAAAAGCCUAUGCCAGCACGAAAUAUUGUGGUAUUAUUUGAAGAGCUGCUUGAUAAGAAACUCGAGAUGGAUUUGAAAGAUUUGUCAGAAAAUAGAAAGCCUAAAGAUGUAGGAGAAUAUCUCCUAGAAUUUUUAAAUCAAAAAUUUGGACUGAGAAAGCUUGCUUAUAAAACUUUAAGCCAGUUAAUUCCAGGCUUAGAGGCCCAAUACCAAAAUAAUCAUCCAUACAUCGUUUUGUUUUGCAAGUUGCUAAAUAUUUAUGAUCCUGAGCCAAUUCCAUUAAAUCUCUCAAUUUUUCUUACACAAAUCCGUUGCAAAUUUAACAAAAUAAUGAUAAUUAAAGAAAAGAUCAAGACAGAUGCGAAAAAUAAAAAAGAGCCAAUUGAAGAAGUUGAGAAAAAAUUGCUGGGUGGAUUUGCAAGACUUAUUGAUGUUUACUAUUUAAUAAAUGAAAGCUUCUUCCAUAGAUACACAAAAAAUCAACUUUUAAACAUCCUCAAGCCAGAAAAAAUAACACAAGAGGCAUUUUUAAUUUUCCUCUUGUGCCAAAAAAUGGCUAAACAAGGUUUUUCUACAGAAACAUUAUUUAAUUCUUUAAGUCCAAUAAACAAUAAACUUCCCACUCAAGAUUUCUUUAGGAAAUUAUAUUCAAAAAUCGAUUUUUGGAUGACCUAUCAAAAUAUUGAGAUCCUCAGCCAAUAUUUAGAUCCUGAGCAAAAAGGUUUUAUUUCUAAAUCUGCAUUUAUUGAAAAAAUUGACUUAAUUGCUCACAACCGUAAUUGUAAGAGCCCAGAAUAUUCAAUUUCUAAGUGCCAAUUUUUAAAUGCGCUAAUAAAGGUGCAUAAGCAGCUACAAAUAAGAUCUGUUAAAAAAUUGAAGAAUUUAUACGGAAUGGAUUUUUCAGAACCUAUGGAAAGAGAAAAGUUUGAUGAGUUAUCUAAAAAGAUAGAAAAAAAUAUAAAUCCAGAGUUUUUAACUAAUUUAUUUAAUGAAGCAAUUUUGUAUGAAGAACAAGAAAAUGGGCUGAGUUUGAGUACUUUUUGUAAUAUUCUCAAUGUUUAUGCAGUCGGAAAUAACUAUUUAAAGGAAUUUUGUAAGAAAUAUUUAGCAAUUGAAAGUUUGAGAAAUGCUUUUGAAGAGAGAAGAACUAAUCUUACAGACAUAUUUUUAGGCAAAAAUGAAGCUAUUGAUAUUUAUUCCCCAUUAAGGCAAGUUAAAAGGAGAGAAUUAAAACGGAGUACGAAUGCUAACUAA